UUUAGAAAAGUUGUAAGAAUUUACAGAGCAAUCAAAUUUUUACUUCUUGUCGGUAAAUAGGGGUAUUUUCUUUUUCUUUUGGAUAGAAAACUUUCUUAGGGGUAAUCCAACAAUCGCAGCUGAAACGGAAUUUACACAAUUUUGAAUUAUGGACAUUACUGGUAUGGAGCGGAAUGACAGUACAGCUGCUAUGGCCUCUCUAGCCGCAUAUGCUGAAGAGUCCGAGUCAGAUGAAGAAGGGAAGCCAAUCAAAUCAGCAGUAGAUACAAUUUCUGACGAUGAACAUGAUACUCCCACGCCAACUCCUAGACCAAAUCCUUCAUCAGUUCCCAGACCAGCUUCCACAUUGAUAAAUGAUGAUGAAAACUCCAGAUCUGACAUAGAUACAACAGACAGAAAAAAGGCAAAGAAAAGAAAACCUACAAGAUUAGUGUCAUAUGGAGCUGAUGAAUUGGAGGAGGAGGAGUCAAGUGAAAGUGAGGAGGAGCCAAGUCCUGAAGAAUCAGUAGACCAUGGGCGUGGCAUUGUAGAGGGGAAGAUAAUGAGUUCAUCUUUAAAUGUUGAGCAAGCAUCAUCAUUAUCAAGAUCAAUGCUCAAUAAAUCAUUUGAUGAGAUUGAAUUACCUCCUGAACCAGUUACUAAAUGUUCCAAACUAUUACAGGACAAAAUCGCCAGUUUACAUGAUAGACGUAUGAAAGAGGGACUGGAUCUCAAUAGAAAUAUACAAAACAAGGUGGAAUUUAGAAAUCCAAGUAUAUAUGAAAAGUUGAUAGAAUUUUGUGGAAUAGAUGAAAAGGGCACAAACUACCCACCAGAAUUAUAUGAUCCUAGUAUAUGGGGGAAAGAAUCUUUCUAUGAUGCAUUAGACAAGGCUCAAAAAGCAGAUAUGGAAAAACGAGAAAAGGAGAGAAAAGAAAGAACCAAGGUUGAGUUUAUAACAGCUACAAAGAAAUCAGGGUCAAAAACAGAUUUAGUUGUUCCUGACGAGAAAAAGCGAAAAUCAAAAUGGGACGAACCAAGCCAAACAGCUGCAGGAAGAAUUGCAGAAAAAUUUAAUGUGAAUUUAACUUCUAUUGCAACAGGGACCAAAACAACUGUUAUACCGGCAACGGGCAGUAUACCCAAAAAGUCUGGUAAAUGAAAAUUGUUAGGAUCUGUUUUAUGGAUGGAUCUUAAUUUACAGAAUAAAUGGAAUUCAAAACUUUGGAAUUUGAUAUUAAAUUAGAAAAUGCCAGAUAAAAAGGAAUAGUGAUAGUGAAAUGAAUGGAAAUUGAAAACUGCCAUACUGUUUGUCUCAGGAGUUUGUAUUAAAAACUUGACCUGUACAAGCUACAAAAGUGCAUGCUACAUCUAAAUGAUGACUGUAAAUGUUUGAACCAAUAACCUGCGGAAAUUGAUUAAUCAUUUUACACUGCUUUGAAUUUGGAACAGUUCAUUCAAUGUUCAAGAAAUAU